AAAUAUGACCAGCUCAAAAUGGAGGUCAUCUUGUUGGCUAGGUGGAAGGCGAUGGCUUUUCCCAGCUGAGCUUUAUCAUCGGAAUGCCCCGGAAGAACAAAAGUCAAGAGACCAGUCGGUGUGAUGGGUUGCGGGCUAUGUGGGAGUUGCCCUACCUUAAUCAGACACUUGGGUUUCUUCAGGAUAAAUUAAAACUUGCACACUUCACUAUACAGGAGUUUGAAGACAGUUUGUUGGAAAAAGAAAGCUGGCCGUUGCUGGAUAUUUUUACAAAUCUCCUACGUUACCUCACUGGGAACACAGCAAUAGUGUUUGAAAAUUUGGAAGAUCAUUUAUCAGAGUUGAUUACGUCUCAUCAGAGGACAGAUAACAGUCUGAAAGACGAAAAAUUAUCAAGCCUUUCACCUGAGAAUAAAGUGCAACUGUUGAAGUGGCUGCUAGAUCAGGUCAUAGAAGGACGGGAUGAGGAUGUGUCUGACUACCUCAAUGAUCACUUCUCCCCUAACGACCUGCGACCAAUAAAUGUUGGCCAGGAUGCCUUCAACAACACUUACUGGUACUUCGGUGAUCAACGACUGUACAAAGAAAAUACAUCAAGAAAAGCAGGAAAGAAAGAUUGGGAGACAGUGUGUGUUACAUUAAAAGACUGGAGGUUUUUUCUCAAGCAGUUCCGCAAAACAACCAACCCCCAGGAGAAAGAGCUAUUCCAUUACUUGAGUGAUGAGUUGUUUCCCUUAGUGAGAGCUCAAUUAGAGAGUGCUAAGUCUGUCGAGAGCAGUCUUUGUCCAGCCAAGAAAGGGGAGGUAACGCUACCAGAGGAGUUGGAGUUCCCAGAGAUGCUGAAGGAGACAGAUGGAAUGCCGAAUGAAACCAGUGGAAACAGUGUGAAAUGUGAGAUAGGAAAUGUGAAAGCGGAAAUGAAAGAAGAGGCCGUGAAGAGCGUAGAGCCAGAAAGCGGUGGAAUCCCCCCGCAGAACCCUAACCCAAUGCCCAACGGUGAAGUGGAUGUGAAAUUAAAGUUGGAGAAUGGGACUGAUAAGACUCUCCAGGAGAAUAAAAAAGGUGGUGAAGACAAACCAUUGGUUCCACCCCUUGACGAGGCUCCUCCCACAGUUACAUUACCCAAUCAUCAGCCACCUGCCCCACCAGUAUCUCAGCAGGGUGUCCAUUCACAGCCUCCCAUGUCCAUGGAUGCACCGUUUAUGCAACAGCAGAAUCAGAUAUUCGUAUUUUCCACAGGUUUAGCCAAUCAGGCUGCAGAAUGUGUUAUGCAAGGACAAUACAAAUCUAUAUUGGCGUUUCAUAUGGACCAACCAGGUACCAAGAAGAUAUUACAGAAGCACCCCCUGAAGAACUCCCACUUGAACAAGUCAGCAGGAAUGCCUCUCUACAGCAUGGCUAACAUGAGGCCGCCUCAUGUGAACAUGAUGAAGAACGAGCCACGACCGCGCAUGCCAGGAGCAAACAACCCUACAUCUAGUGCUGCCCAGGUCGCCCAGUGGGUGCAGCAACAGAAUGCCAACCUUCAGGAACAAGGAAUGAAUUUCCCACCUGUGAACCCUGGGUUUUCUCCUACUCACCCCAACAUGCCCUCAAAUAUGCAGGGACCUGGUGGACCAAUAGGUCCCAAUUUCCCAAUGAUGCCAGGCAAUCCUGGCUUUGAUAUGUUUAUGGAUGGGGGACAUAGUGCUGCUCAGGCGAACUUGCUUCAAAGCAAAGUUCCCAAUGAAAAUUUGACUCCAGAACAAUUGCAUAGGAGAGAGGAACAGUUAGCAAAUCUACGCAAAAUACAACAAAUGUUGUUCCCUGAACAAAGACAACAGCAGAUGUUUGGUCCAGGGGGCCCAGGUGUUCCUGGUGGCCCUGGCAUGAUGCAGGGGAACAUGCCUGGGGGAAUGUUUCAACACAACAUGAUGGCGUCUCAGCCCAAUAUGGGAUCUCAACAGGGAAUGAUGAUGUCUCCUGGGCCCAUAAGCCCUCCUAACAAUAUGAUGACAUCACAACAACAGUUCAUGAUGUCACAAAAUAUGUCACAGUUUGGUCCUGGACCAGGCCCAGGCCCACAACCUCAGAAUAUGCAAAACAUGACUCCUGCACAAAGGGAGUGGGUGCGGUUGCAACAGGAAUUCAUGAUGGACAAAGGUCGUAGGAUGCGACAUCAGAUGGCUCAGCAAAUGAUGCAGCAACACCCUUCUCAAGGGCCUCCCCCAUCCUACCACAGUUCUAUUGCUCAUAAGAGACAUGGGUCAAUAGGCAUGAACAACCCUACCUCACCAAACACAAAUGGACCGUUAUCAUCUCCCCAAAUGUCUGCUCAAAGUUCUGAUCCGCAGGACCCGUUAGGGAUGUUUGUAGGCCCCGCUCAGCGGAGGCCAUCCAUGGAUGCCUUAGAUCCUACAGGAGCUAUGAACCCAGGCAUGUCAUCUCCUAUGGGGCCUUUUGAACCAGGCAUGAUGCCUGGACCAGGAGGUGUCAACAUGCCGCCUAUGCCCAUGGGACAGUUCCAUAAUGGGAUGCCAGCUAGUAGAAAAAUGCUUGGACAUUUGCACCGUGCGGGUAAUCCUGAACAAUUUCAGCCCGAGGUUAUGAUGGGGGGGCCUGGUCCUGGUCCAGGCUCAAGCAACGUGAAUAACUCUUCAGGGCCUAAACCUCCCCCAAGCUAUGCCCAAGCUCAGAAACGGAAGAGGGAAGACAUGGAGGAACUUUACAAAAAUCUGCAACCAACACCUUCACCACAGCAAAUGAAUUACCUCAAUCAGUUUGAAGGGCAAGAGUUAACCAUCACAAAACAACUCAAUUCAGCAUAUCAUGAACAAAGCUCAACCUCAGACUCUCAGAAUAAUCAUUUUCCUCAUAAUCAGUCUGUGAACUCGCCGUUACAUGCUCAUGGACCAGGUUCUAACAAGUCACCCGUGGCUGCCUCUCAUCAGGUGUCCAACCCUGGAGCCUUGGGAAGUCCCUCAAUAUCGAGGCCUGGCCCAUCCCCACUUUCAGGAGCCAGCAUGAGACUGUCUCAUUAUGACCCUCCCCCAGUGGGCAGUCCAAACACACCAACAUCAAAAACUGCUAUGUCAAAUAUAACCUCAGCCAGCCUGGCUAAUCUGGCCAAAGGUGUUGAACAUUUGUCAAAUCAAAUGCAGCAGAAUAUGAUGCAGGGUGGACCUUUCCACAGCAUUCAGAUUCAGGGUCAAAUGAGUAAUCCAGGGCAAGGGAAUGGCCAUCCUCCUUCAUCAACAAGCCCCACCAGCAGCAGUAUGCCUCCAAACUCAGGCCAACCCAGUGUCAACAAUACAUAUGUCAAUGCCACAAUGUCAAUACAACAGUUGAACAUUCAAAGUGUCAAUGCUCCUAGUAACUAUAACCCAUCUAUGCAAGUUCAGCAAAUGAACAAUGAUCCAUCAGCACCACCUCAUGUAGGUAUGCCCAUUGGAGCGAGUGGUGUGCCUCCCUCGUCGGGCAGUGCGGGUGGUCCGGGUAUGUCGUCAGUUGUUAGCAUGUCCCAAUCUCAAAGCUCGGUGCAAAGUUUGUCUCAUGCUAAUGCGACCAAACCACAGUUCCCCAGUCCACCAGUUUCACAAAUACCAACAGGCCCAUCAGGGCCUAUGGUGCCGGUAUCUGGUGCCAAGAUGAACAGUUCUCCGAGUUUUGCUCCGGCUAGUGGAGUUGGAAAUGCAAACAUUCAAAUUCAGCCAAAGGCUCCAAAUACAAUUCAGUAUCUUCCAGCAAAUCCCCCUGCCACUCAAGCCAGCAUGAACAAUAAUGGUAUGGGUCAGCCUGGAAUGGGUAACCCAUUGUCUCAAGGUGCCAUGUCAAAUCCUAUGAGCCAAUCUGGCAUGAACAACCCACUGGGACAACCGGGCCCAGGGAUGGUAAAUCCAAUGCCCCAGGGUGCAAUGGGAAAUCCAGUGGGCCACCCCAUGGGGCAGACGGGCAUGAGUAACUCAAUGGUACCUAAUAAUAUGAAUCCAUCAAUGACUAGCAUGAAACGCCCAGAAAUGGAAUUUAUGAACAGAUUUCCCUCACCCAUGACAAAUCUUGAGGGUAAAAUCCCAACAUCCAAAAUGAACUAUCUUCCUAAUAGCUCACAAAACCCAGGAAUGCCAAACCCUAGGAUGGGUGGAGCUUAUAGCAAUCAAGCCAUGCAAGCAAUGCAACAACAGAUGAUGAUGAGGGGAAAUGGUCCCCAAAGUCACCAUGGUAUGCCAAAUCAAAAUGGAAUGAGUUCUAUGGGACCGAUGAACAGUAUGGCUGGAGGAAUGCCUCCAAUGGGUAGCCCAAUGGGAGGUAUGGGUAGCCCUAAUGCCAUGAGCAGUAUGCCCACAAGUAAUAUGAAUAUAAGCGGCAGCAUGCCUCAGAUGAGCAAUGGAAUGAAUCCUAUGAUGGCAGCAGCUGGAGGAGGGCCUAGCAUGAACAACAUAAGCCAUAUGAACAGUGGCAUGGGUAACAUGAACAAUAUGGGGCCAAUGGGCUCAGUACCCUAUGGCAAUAAUCCGUCUUUCUCCCCGGGUGGACAGCCUCAGAUGAUGACCAGCAUGAUGCAAAGCCAACAGAUGCAAUUUCAAGCUCAGAGUAUGUCUUCAAUGCCCAUGCAGGGUCCCAUGAUGUCGCGUCAAGCCAACCCCUCAGCCAUGCGCAUGUCCAGUCCGCCACAGGGCAUGAUGCAGCCGGGAGGCAGGAGCAUGGGCUAUAAUGCCCAAUUUCAACAAUUUCAACAGCAAAUUUAUUCACAAGGACGACCCCGCCAAAUGUCGCCUAUUCCCAGUAUGAUGGGAAACCCCGUACAACCUUACAUGGACAUGAUGCCCAAUAUGCCUGGCCCCACGUGACACAAACAUGACCUGAAAGAUGUUAUGUGAUUUGUGUGUGGGUUCAGGAAGCUGUUGUUACAAGGAUUAACAUUUGUUUCUUCUGUUGUUUACCAUGUGAAGAACGUUGUGUUCAUUUGAAUAAUCAAGAGUUUUCUCAGACAUUCUAUUUCAUUAAACGAUUUCAUUAUUAUUGUUUGAUGAUUAUUAGAAAAUGACGCAAUUUUUUUUCUAUUAUUAUUAUUAUAGUUAAGUGUUUGAUAUUAUAAAGAUGCGUUAAAUUUGCUAAUCAAAUCAUGACCAACACACUCCUCACAGUGUUUGUCUUAAGGAACUUACUCAAGAUUCUCCCAUUUACGUAUACAUAUAUGUAGUGGAUGAAAGAAGCCCAAAUUCAUUGCCUAUCAUAGACAGAAGGAAUGUUGGACAAAAAACUGCCUCAGCUGAAAGUCCAAGCCAGAGUAAGGUCCAGCGGAUUCCCUUAAAUCUAUUUGAUGUGAUUGGGAGAAAUAAUGAUGGCAGUACCUGUAAUAUCGAUAGCUGAGAAGAUUCUGUCGCACGCCUAUGUAAUGUAACUAUUCAGUAUCAUCUGUUAUAACCCUUGAAUUUUAAGGCCUUGGAGAAUUUAAAGAUUUUAUUGGUAGCAGGGUACUUGAGAGAGCUCUGUAAUAAGUAUACAUGUAGGUAGCUCAUACUGUGAUGCGUAAGAGAAAACUUGUGCACCGAGUAACCGCUAACUCAUUAUUUUUGACAGUGGAGUUCAGUGCAUCCCCUUAUUUCCGUAUGAGAACAGGAGUAUCUUUGGUCAGGUAUUACAGGGUUUCAUCAUAUCUGGCUGCACCAUUACACCACCGUUUUCGUCAGUUUGUCCAAUAACAAAGGGUAGAUUAUGGAUCUGCUGGUGGCACCACUCAACUACUUGCUUUCUACAUGCAUCUUCCAUUUGGGGUAAAAUUUGAAAUAAUUACCUCUGUCUUCCGGCUUCAUCUCAUUUUUAUUUGACUUAUUUGCAACAAAAGUUGUCAGAAUACUUUGUCAUGUCAAGGGUAAUAUUUAAAGGCAGUAAAAGCAGAGACAUAAGGACAGAUGACUUUUCUGGAAGGAGCUGUUAAAAUAGCCAAGAUCUUCAGUGCAUAAUCUGUAUAUUAAGAUGUUUUGUCCAUUCUUUAUAGGAUCAUUUUACUGCAACGUCUGAUCAUACAUUUCUAAACGAGCGCUACACGCUGACAUCCAAGGCUGUUUUCAAGGUUUCACAUGUGAAUAGGCUGGAAAUGACCUGUUCAUUUGGUUACUGUUCCCUCCUGUUUUAUAGUUAAGGUUAUAGUUUCCCCAUUGCCAAGGAUCGUUUCGUUUGUUCUUCGUUGCCAUGAAAUCUUCUGUUUGUUCCGUCUUUUCAGUUAUUGUUCCCUUUGUUCAUAUUUGCUAGUAUUUUACCUGUUAUCGAUUGCGGCAACCUGUUCUCCUUCUGAUUUCCGGUUUCCAGGCAUUUUCGGUAUAGGAUAUCGUUUAAGACCUGAAAAGGGCUCCCAAUAACUGAACCCUCCAGCGAUAAUGUUGUUGUGAGGAAACCAUAUGGUUCUGCCACUAAACCUGCGAAAACAGGUACAACUCUGCUCGUUCUGUUCUAGUUUCAGUCUGUUCCUUCGUCAAUCUUGUAACUUUUAAAAUUUGAUGUUUGAAGGAUACGUUGUCAACACAGAUAGCUCCCUUCUAUGGUUAUAGUGUAAAUAUGUAUGUACGGGUUUACCUCGUAUACGUGUAAAUACCAUGUCAUAUCAAACAGUUAACAGCGUGUAACCGCAGUUUGUGACGUUAAUCCACACACUUCUGCCAUCCAGCAUAUAAGCGAACUACGUGCUCCGAAAAUGGAGAGAAUGGAUAGAAUUGGGCAGUUAAUUCAAGUUUAAAUCAUUCUAUUUUUGAUAUAUUUUAUAUAUAUACAUACAUAUAUUUAUAACUGCUGGAAGCUACGUCAAAGAGACCUUUUAAUAAAAGUACUGUAGUGGUCAUAGGCGAAUUUUUAUAUUCAAGUUGGACAUGACGUACAUAAGCCUCGUGGCCAAAGUGGUCUCUGCCUGUUUUUGUUUUUUUUGUUUUUUUUUUUUUAUCAACCCUGGAUUCUUGUAUCAAAUAUUGACGCUUAAUUUGAAAACGCAGAUCAGUUGAAUUGACAUUUCAUUGUGAACUCAUUACAUUUCUGCCAUGUCAAAAAUGUGAUCAAUGGUUUGGGCCGAGUUUCUGUUUGCAAUAACUUGAAACAGAUGACUGGGCUCACAGGAAUAUAGUGGGCACAGUAGCUUCCAGUUGUAUUAUCUAGUAGUUGACGACUGACCGGACGAUGGUUUAGUAAACUGUUAUAUAAUG